GUCCAACUCAUUUAAUUUUUAGAGAGAGAGAGAGAUUCAUGCGGUCCCAGUCAUUUAAUUUUGCUUUGAAACUCCAUUAGAGUAACAGACAAUCGUUUAUGCAUGGUCUAAACGCUAGAUGAGAGAGAGAACGACAGAUUCAUAUAUUUUUGCCUAAACGCUAGAUGAGAGAGAGAGAGAGACUGAGAGGGAGAUUCAUAUUAUUUUUGCUUGACCCAAUACACUUGAUCAGAGAGAAAACUCAUUUAUUUGUUUGUAAGAACCUAGUAAAGAGUGUUUUAUGCAUAGUGGUUGUAAGAACAUGGUAAACCAUGCUCUGUGCAUAGUCUUGUAGAUGGGAAAGAGAGAGAGUCUCAUUUCAUUACAAUUCGUUAGAGAGCACCAUCUCAUUUGAGUUCAUUAGAGAGAGAGAGAGAGAGAGAGCAGUGUUCCAAAAAAUCGCCGGGCUAAGCAGCCAGCGGUCCAGGCCGUGCAAUGCCUAGGCGGGCGGCGGUUUAGCUUCAAAAGGGGCAAAUGGAUUCUUGUAACGCUGUUUUGGGUACAUAUUUUGUACAAAAUAUGUAUAUUUAUAUAUUUUUUAUUAUCUAAAUAUAAAAAAACACAGAAAAAUUACCCACCAUAUAUGUAUUUUUCACGUGACGCCUAGGCGAAUAUUAGGAAGGUGACCCAGACACCACCCUCUAGUUGGUCUGCUCCGGCCCAUCCCCUUAAGCGGCCGCCGAGGCACUGGCCGGACGGUUUUGAGCAAGAGCACCAUUUCAUAUGAGUUUUGGGUAGAGAGAGAGCACCAUUUCCUUCGAAGUUCAGAGAGAGAGAGCACCAUUUCAUUUGAGUUUUGUAGAGAGAGAGCACCAUUUCCUUCGAAGUUCAGAGAGAGAGAGAGAGCACCAUUUCAUUUGAGUUUUGUAAAGAGAGAGCACCAUGUCAUUUGGUGUGAAGUCGUUCGUUCUUUGUCAAACCCUGUAGACAGAACUUUAUGCGUUGUCUCCAUUGUACACAAAAGUUGUGUAAACAAAUUGUGUUACCUUUUCUAGAGAGAGAAAAAGCCUGCUUUAACUCCUCACCAUAUUUUGGAUUCCUCCUUCCCAGUGAGGUAAGCCUUACGACCGGGGACGUACAUGUUAUUCAAGUCGAAGGCAGGGGCAUUACGUCAUUCUCACACGGUACCUGCAUUUAUCUUAAAAAAAAAUUUAACAGGUUUUAACAACCGUGGCCACAUGCAAUAAGUGUUCAUCUGAACAUAAACACACCUGCAACAAAAGAAAGAAGAAGAAAAAAAGAAACAAAAAUUUUCAUGUUCUUUUGCCCAAAGAACCCACUUUUUUCCCUGUGGUUUUGAAAUUUCAAGAUAAGAAAAUGGGGAUUGUUUCUGAUGAUGCACUAAAACACUUCAAAGGGUUAAUAGAUCAAGCAACUGCAAAGGAUGAGCCGUUAAGGAAGACAUUUGAGAAUAUGCAUCAAGGAUAUCUAAUGGAAACUUUGAGGCGGUUUCUAAAGGCAAGGGAAGGGAAUGUUGCCAAAGCAAAUAAAAUGUUGCUGGAUUGUUUAAACUGGAGAAUACAAAGUGAGAUUGACAAUAUACUGGCUAAACCUAUAAUCCCGUCCAAUAUGUAUAGAGCAGUUCGCGAUUCACAACUAAUCGGAUUGUCCGGUUACUCAAAAGAGGGUCUUCCUGUCUUUGCUAUAGGAGUUGGAAUGAGCACAUUCGAUAAAGCAUCUGUGCAUUAUUAUGUGCAGUCACAUAUUCAAAUUAACGAAUAUCGAGAUCGUGUAAUUUUGCCUGCCGCAACACACAAGCAUGGGCGCUAUAUUGGUACGUGCUUAAAGGUUCUGGAUAUGACAGGCUUAAAACUUUCUGCACUCAAUCAUAUUAAGUUAUUGACCAUAAUAUCCACAAUUGAUGAUUUAAAUUAUCCAGAGAAGACCGAUACAUAUUAUAUCGUCAAUGUUCCAUACAUUUUUUCGGCGUGUUGGAAGGUGAGGGUAAAGAGACAUCUCUUCUCCAUGGCUGAGAAUGUUUUGACAAUCUGGCAUAUGCAGAUCAUGGACUAUUCAUCCCUCCCUCACUUCUCAAGAAGAGAAGGCUCUGGCUCAUCCAAACACUCCAUUCCUGAAACAGAUGACUGCUUCUCUCUAGACCAUGGCUUCCACCAAAAGCUCUAUGACUUCAUCAAAAAGGAGUCCUCAAUGCUCCAGACUGUCGCACCAAUUAAACAAGGCUCUUUCCAUGUCAAUUUCCCCGAACCCAAUCCCGAGGGCUCAAAGAUUGCCCAAACCAUAGAAUCAGAGUUUCACAGGCUUGGAGACCAAAACACUCUUUCUAAACCACUCAAUGGCCUAAGAAUCGGUGGUGACUAAAACUCUUGAAUACUAACAAUUACAGUCAAUACCCAAUAUGGUUAAUGGGUAGUUGGGUCCAUGAACUACAUGUGGACCCUGCUCCCUUAAGAGUUGUAGAAGCUGAUGAUCUGAGGUGAUCCCAUCCAUUGAUUUAUCCCAAUAAUGGUCGGAUCUGAGCAAUGGUUCUAGUUAAAAGUAGCUUUUUAUUAGCCGUCCCAGACUCAGAGAUAGCUGUGGAGCAGUGUUUUGGUCUGGGUGUAUGUUGAACUAUGGAAUUGGAAUUCUUGAGCCAAAUUAUUAUUCUUAUAUGAGCUGUCUUGGUCUCUUGUAGUUCUGAUUGUGUAGUUCUGAUUGUUUAGAACUUCAGAUUGAGGGCUAUAUGGAGCUACUUUGAUUUCACGAUCUCCAACUGUAGCUGUUGACA